AUGAAGGUCGUUCGGUAUCUCAAGUUAUGUCGUACUUUUCACUCCAGUGGACUUUGUCCUCAGUGGCGCUUGAAACUACUUGAAAAGACAGUCGUUCACUGCCAUGUUUUGACAGUACCAGUAAACCACUUUUUUUCAACCUGUAAAAAAGAUAAUCAAAUUAAGAUAUUCACGAUUCCCAAUUUAAUUACAGCUUCACGAAUCACACUUACUCCGUUUAUUGUUAAAUCUAUUCUUUGUUGUGAUUUAAGUAUGGCUUUAGGUCUUACUAUCGUUGCCGGGGUCACAGAUACGUUAGAUGGGCUUAUAGCCCGAAAUGUGUCAAACCAGGCCUCAAAUGUUGGAAGCUUUUUGGACCCUCUUGCUGACAAACUUCUUGUGACUUCUUUGGUUUUGUCAUUGACGGUGAUGGAUUUUUUCCCAGUCAGUCUUGCUUGUCUUUUUAUUUUCCGUGAUUUGGGAAUAGUUAUCACAGUUUUGUUUUUAAUGUUCCGGAAUUUCGGUUCAAUUACUACUAAGAUAUUUACCGAGAAAGUUGAAAUGAAGGCAUCAAAUAUCAGCAAGCUGAAUACUCUUUGUCAAUUAUCAAGCAUCAUACUUAGCAUGACAUAUCCUUUAUAUGGACUCCCUAACUACGAAUACCUAAAGGUUGUAUGGCUUCUUUCAGCUGGAACUACAAUUGCAUCUGGUUUAGGAUACUUAAAAAGUUUACCAGAAUGGUGGAAACGAAUGGCUGAAAUCUCCAGAAAUAGAUAG